CUGGUUCCGGACACUGGCAAGGGACCAUGAGACUGGCAGGUCCUCUUCGUGUCGUUGUAAUCAUCUUGACUGCCGGCCUGACCUGGAUCCUCGUCAGCAUCUUGUUGGGUACCCAGAGCGGCUUCUCUCGUCUGCAGCAGCUUCUCAACAACCCUGAGAGUCCUCCCAGCGCAGAGCCCCGGCCCAAGAGGUACAAGUGUGGGCUGUCCCAAGCCUGCCCAGACCAGACCUUCGCCUUCCGGAUCACCAGUGGGGCGGCCAAUGUCAUCGGGCCCAAGAUUUGCCUGGAGGAUAAGAUGCUAAUGAGCAGCGUGAAGAACAACGUGGGCCGAGGCCUGAACAUUGCUCUCGUCAACGGCGUGAACGGAGAGCUGAUCGAUGCCAAGUUCUUCGACAUGUGGGCAGGAGAUGUGAGCGAGUUGUUGAAAUUCAUCCGGAUGCUGCAUGAGGGGACGCUGGUCUUCGUGGCCUCGUACGAUGACCCUGCCACAAAAAUGAAUGAAGAGACCCGCAAAAUCUUCACCGAACUGGGCAGCAGCGUCGCUAAGGACCUGGCCUUUCGGGACAGCUGGGUCUUCGUUGGUGCCAAAGGGGUGCAGGACAAGAGCCCCUUUGAGCAGCACGUCAAGAACAGCAAGAACUCGAACAAGUACGAGGGCUGGCCGGAGGCGCUCGAGAUGGAAGGCUGCAUCCCCCAGCGAACGGCCGAUGUCCACUGAGGACUU